GUUAACAGCACAUUUAAAGAUACAACCAUUGUCUUGCACAAGAAGCUUCAGUGGGUAUUGAGAGUGCAUUAGUAGAUGAGCAGCUGACUAUGAAUUCUGAGCAAAACAUGUGUGAAUUAGGCAGUGAAGUCACAUCUGAGGACCUGGAAGUACCAGAGAGAAACUCUAGCAAUUUACAGGCCAUUGGUCCUUAUCCAGAUGAAGGGCCAUCUACAAAGUGCAGUAUACUGGAAUGUGGAAAGAAUGAUAUGAAUUAUGAAUCUGUGAUUUCUCAUCAAGUUAUCCCAGAUUUAAAUGAAGAGACAUCAGUAGCAUAUCUUCAAAGAGAAUUGGAAAUUCUCAGAACAAGCAAUAAAAAGCUUCAAGAAAAAUUGACUGAAGAAGAUAAGGAAAAGCGAAAAUUAAAGCUUAAGUUGGAACUCCACGAGAAAGCAGCAGAGGCUGAAGUUGCUGAAAGGACGGCAGCUUUGGUUGAAGAAGUGUAUUUGGCACAGCGAGAACGUGAUGAAGCUAUUAUGUGCAGACUGCAGUCAGCUCUUCAGGAGAGAGACGAAGCGGUUGCACGUGUGAAGCAUAUGGAAAUGUCACUAAAACUGCUAGAAAAUAUUAACCCUGAAGAAAAUGACAUGACAUUACAGGAAUUACUGAGCAGAAUAAACAAUGCAGACACUGGGAUAGCUAUUCAGAAGAAUGGAGCUAUAAUUGUGGAUAGAAUCUACAAGACCAAGGAGUGUAAAAGGAGAAUAACCGCAGAAGAAAUGAAUGCAGUCAUAGAAGAGCGGGAUGCGGCUUUGUCUCAGUCCCAACGGCUGCACCAGGAGCUCCAUCGUCUGAAAGAGCAGAAGCAGACUUCAGCAAACAACACAAGACGUCCGACUGCUGAAAACAAUCAGGAACGUGCUCUGAAGGCGAAACUACUAUCAAUGCAGCAAGCCAGAGAAACUGCUGUUGAACAGUACAAAAAGCUGGAAGAAGAAAUACAGACAUUACGAGUUUACUACAGUUUACACAAAUCAUUAUCUCAAGAAGAAAACUUGAAGGAACAGUUUAACCAUGCCCUUAGUACCUAUGAAGAAGCCUUAAAAAACAGAGAGAGCGUUGUUUCCAUCACUCAGCAGCAGAACGAAGAACUGGCCACCCAACUUGAACAGGCUCUGACUCAGCAAGCCAACAUGGAAUUACAGCUUCAGUGUGCUAUAGAGGUCUCCCAAGCAGCCAAUGAAAAAGUUCAGAAGUUAGAAAGGCUAGUGGAUGUCCUGAGGAAGAAGGUUGGAACAGGGGCCGUGCGGACAGUGAUCUGACUGAAAAACACCCAGUCUGGGGCAAGCAAUCACAUCUGGUGGCCAGGCUGCUUCAUUCAACACUGUGUAAACACUAAAAGCCUUAACUUAGCAAACAGUUGUUAGAAGUGGGACACUCCAACCACAUUCCAAGCUGAGAUAAAAUCAAAUCACAAAUGUUUAACCACUUUGCUGCUGACUUCAGCUAUUUAUCCAAAUAUAUUAACUACGGGCUUUUAGCAGUUAUAACGCUGCAGCUUGUUUUGUAGCUAUUUUAUAUUGGUGCCUUUAAUGUAAUUCUUUCUGCCGGUGUACUAUAAAAAUGUGUGAAGUCGGUCAGGAUCGUACCCUCGCAUAUGGCCCUUUCUGAAUCGAAGUGCAGUAAAGUAAAUAUUGUCUAAGCCUUAAUCCACUGUGUUAGGUCAAAACUUCAAAUAAAUGCGUUUUCAGUAUAGAGUAUAUUUUUUAAGUGAUGGGAGAAGUUCAGACAUGAGAGAAUGUAACCUACCUUCAAUGUAUGUAUGCAGCUUUUGUUCUUAAUAUUGAAGAAUAUUAAGUAUAGAUGUUAUGAAUUAAGUGUAUAAUUUGCUUUAAUAGUACAUUAGGAUGGCAGCCAUCAAGGCAUGGCUUUGUUUCACUAUAGGUAAUAUACACUGUUUACAAUAAAGAGGUUAUUAAUAUGCACUUCUGUAUACAUAUUAUUGGUAUUUUUUUAAUGUUGAGUAUGGAUAGUUAUCUGAGCAUCACUUAAGCUGUGGAAAUAACCAAGUUUCUGCUCAUAGUCUGGGACACGUUGGGCUUGAAAAUUAGCAUGUGCCAGUCAGUGUGUCUAGCCUAAGAGGCAAGAAACCAUCAACCUGUUAGCGUACUUGCUCUCUUUAGAUUGUGAUUUGGGGGUGGGAGAAGAGAGCCUAAUAGAUAAUAUCCAGACUAUAAUGUCCAAUAUUGGACUUAGAAAAGCAUUACUGCAAUUUGGUUCAAGUUAUCCACUUUUGAAUUUAAGACAUAAGCCACUCCUCACCGUAGAUGUUAGGAAUAUUUAUGGAGAAUAUUGUCAGUUUUACAGACCGGAUAGCGGAAAGGCCAUUCCUGGAACAGGAUGAAACGAGCAAAAAAUAUUGAGUCAGUGAAAAUUUUAUAGGCAGAAACUUUUCUAAGUUCCUAAUUCAUCUGUAAGAAUGAGCUAAAGUAUUUAUCAUUUCCUGUUUUCAGGAUAAAUGUAUUCAGAAUGAUAGGCUAUACAUUCUUCCAUAUGCCAUUGGAAAAUAUCCUUUUUAUGUAUCUUUUAACUGUAGAAUAUUCAGAGGUCCUUUGUCAUAAAUGAAAUAUGAAUCAGAACACUAACAUACUCUGUUUCCUCCUUACUAAAUCUGUAAAAUGAAGCUAAUGGAUAGUUAGAAUCGUCUCACUGUGUUCAAAUUUGAAGUUCGCUCACGUUCUUAGUGAUUUUUAAACUAUGAGAAUUAGAAGGUAUAUGAUAGCAGGCAUUAAAAGUAAGCUAACUGCAUCUGUUCCAUGGUCACAGAGAAUGUCACAGCCUCUGAUAGACCAAUGACCACUUAGUCACAGAAGCUAGGGCUAGAGUUGCUUCCUUGGGCUCUGUAACAACACCCUGUGUGAAGACACAGCAUCUCGUAAGUUACCCAGGGGGUACAGGUAAGUAAAGAAAAAAAUCAUUCCCAACUGCUCUUAACAUAAUCACAGGUAAAGCUGAAUGUUCAGUUUGGUCUUGAGAAACAGACACUCUCCUUAAGUUAUUUACUCUGAAAUCUUAGAAUACACAUGGUGAAAUAAAAACAUUUUACAACUUCCAAACGUCACUUAGAGCAACCAGUUCCUGGACAAUUGUACAGAGCAAGGUACUAAAAAAUGAAACUCAGAGAACAAUUCCGACACCCACUAUUCUUCAGUACGGGUGUCCCAAAGCAUCCCACACCAGCCCAGGCAACUUCUGUCUUGAUUUUACACACCUGAGAAUGCCCAGCCGCAUUCUCGUCAUCUUCCACAUCAUCGCUGGCUUUGUAUGAAGGAGUAACCACUGAAAACCAAGGCCACGUCCUCAGAAGCCGAGCAACUGCCGAGAACGCCACUCUGCACAGUGUUUUCCAACCUAGGCUUUACCAUGUCUGUUCCUGUAGGAGCAUGGGAGCUCCCUUCGUUUUUUUAAAUUUUAUAAUUUAAUUUAAUUUUACAUAUCAGCCACAGA